AUGGAUUAUGAAAACGUGCUACUUGUGAAAAAUGAAGUGUUUGUCUAUCAGAUUCUUUCAAGACAGUCUAAUCGGGGUUACAGGGCUAAUAACUGGAACCUAGAAACUCCUAUGUGGACUGGAAGACUUCGUGUUAUCGCCAAAGGUAAAGAUCUCGUGAUACGAUUGGAAGAUAAGAAUUCUGGACAGCUAUAUGCUGAAUGCCCAGUGGACUCAUUUCCUGGGAUAUCCGUUGAACCAGUUAUUGACUCAAGUCGAUUUUUUGUUAUUCGAUUAAUGAAUGAUAAUGGUGAAACUAAAUUUGUAGGGAUUGGUUUCGCAGAACGUGCGGAUUCUUUUGACCUUAAUGUAGCAAUUCAAGACCAUUUCAAAUGGUUAAAACAGGAAAAAGAAGCUAAAGAAAUGGAAGAAAACGCGAGCAACCAACCAGCUAAAGAUAUGAGUUUCAAAGAAGGGGAAAAAAUAAAAUUAAAUCUGAAUACCCGUCGUACAGGGGAUGAUCCAAAUCCCAAAUCAAAAGUUACACGCCCCCUUACUUCUGGAUUAUCGGGUGGUCUACUGCCCCCUCCGCCGCCGCCGGCAGUUUCUCGGUCUCGUGGUAGUCGCGUUGUAGGAGAUACCGCCCCAGUAUCCGGUAACUUAUUUAACAGUGACCCGUCACAACCAAACUAUACAAAUCCUGUGUGCACACCGAACGUUCCAUCGACCACUUCAAACGUCGACCUUCUAAGUGAUUUCCUCGGGAAUUCUGGGCAGUUCUGA